CCGCGCUGCGAUGACCCGCUGACCGCGGCCAUGCAGCCUUGACGGGGCGCGGGACAGUCGCGGGGCGCGCCCUCCUGGGAAGGACAGCGGACGCGGGCAGCAGGACUUCACCGCCGACUCCAGCCCAGCUGGGAGCGACCCUUUGACCAUGGAGCCCGUGACCAAGUGGAGCCCCAAACAAGUGGUGGACUGGACUCGAGGGUUAGAUGACUGCCUGCAGCAGUACGUCCACAACUUUGAGCGGGAGAAGAUCAAUGGGGAGCAGCUGCUUCGAAUCGCCCAUCAGGAUCUCGAGGAGCUGGGCGUCACGCGAAUCGGACACCAGGAGCUUGUGUUGGAGGCUGUCGACCUUCUCUGUGCACUGAAUUAUGGCCUUGAAACCGACAACAUGAAGAACUUGGUUCUGAAAUUGCGAGCGUCUUCCCACAACUUACAGAAUUACAUAAGUAGCCGGCGGAAAAGUCCAGCUUAUGACGGGAACACGUCCCAUAAGCCCCCCAACGAGUUCCUGACUUCUGUGGUGGAGCUCAUAGGCGCUGCCAAGGCCUUGUUGUCUUGGCUGGACCGGGCCCCAUUCACAGGGAUCACCGAUUUCUCAGUCACGAAGAACAAAAUCAUUCAGCUGUGCUUGGAUCUGACCACUACAGUCCAGAAGGAUUGUCUUGUAGCAGAAAUGGAGGACAACGUUCUCACCGUGGUCAAGGUUUUAAAUGGCAUCUGUGACAAAAUAAUCCGCUCUACCACGGACCCUGUCAUGAGCCAGUGUGCGUGCCUGGAGGAAGUCCACCUGCCGAACAUCAAGCCCGGGGAAGGCCUGGGCAUGUACAUCAAGUCAACCUAUGACGGAUUGCACGUGAUUACGGGAACCACAGAGAACUCUCCUGCGGACCGAUGUCAGAAGAUUCAUGCCGGCGAUGAAGUCAUUCAGGUGAAUCGGCAAACUGUGGUGGGAUGGCAGCUGAAAAACCUGGUGAGAAAAUUGAGAGAGAAUCCCACAGGAGUGGUGCUGCUGCUCAAGAAGCGCCCCACGGGCUCUUUCAACUUCACUCCCGCGCCCCUGAAGAACCUGCGGUGGAGGCCGCCUCUCGUGCAGACCUCGCCUCCGCCCACCACGUCCCAGUCCCCUGGCAGCACCAUGGACACCUCGCAGAAGGAGAAGCCGGCCAUCCUGGAGCUUUACAUCCCCCCGCCGCCCGCCGUGCCCUACUCCCCCCGGGACGAGAAGGGGAGUUUUGUUUACGGAGGACUCAGCAAGUGUAAGCGGCCAGCGCCUGGUCCCAAGGGCUCCGAGUCCCCGAAUUCCUUCCUGGACCAGGAGAGCAGAAGGCGGAGGUUCACCAUUACCGACCCCGACCAGUUGCCGGGGCACCCCGUGGAAACCAGCAUCCUGCCCGCGAAGAUGCGGCAGAAAACGCCGUCGUAUGGCAAGCCCCGGCCUUUGUCCAUGCCUGCGGAUGGGAGCUGGAUGGGGAUCGUGGACCCUUUUGCCAGACCUCGAAGUCAUGGGAAGAAAGGCGAGGACGUCCUUUGCCGGUAUUUCAGUAAUGAACGGAUCCCCCCGAUCAUCGAAGAAAGCGCCUCUCCCCCGUACCGGUUCUCCAGGCCCACCACGGAGAGGCAGCUGGUCCGAGGCGCAGACUACAUCCGAGGCAGCAGGUGCUACCUCAGUGGAGAUCUCCAUAGCAGUGCCACCAUCCCGUUCCAGGAGGAAGGGACCAAAAAGAAAGUGUCCUCCGGGGCCAAGUCCUCGUCUGCAGAGCCCUCCCUGCUGGUCAGCUGGUUCACGCGCCUGAAACUGUUGACUCACUGAGCCCUGCCCUCCCCGACUCCCCGCUGCUCCCAAGUGCCUUCCUUCCUCAGCGGACGACCCGUUCUGACUUUCUUGCACAGUAUUAUGUAGACACCUUUUGCAAGUUCAUUAUUUUAUUUUUGGGAAAGUUGUCUGCCGCCCCUCUUGGAAUGUUGAAGUAAGUGGGUGGAGGAAAUCCAGAGGGUUCAGGCGCUGGCUUGCGGAGGCAGAAGGAAGAGAUGGGUAGAGCCUGCUUCUCUUGCUUCCAGGGAGACACUGCAGGCCGCAGCCUCCGCCGGGAACGUUAGGGGCAGGCGGAGGACCUGGGUGUUGCUCAUUUUGGGGGCGGGAUGAAAUCGGUGGCCAUUGUCGCACAGAUGGGUUGGUUUGUGGUCCAACUUCUUCACCUGAAACAGCCAGAGGAGAAAACAUUGUGGGCUUGCCUUUUCCAGCUGCGUAUCACAUCUGUAAGUGUAGCGGCUUUGACUUGGAAAGAACGCGUUUGGGGAGUGUGCCCAGCGCAGGGGUCCCAGUGCAGCCGGUUCUCUUGGGUGGUCCCUUUUCCCAGCAGCCUCGGCUUAGGUGGGUUGAUGCAGAAGCACGUCGGGUAGGGCUUAGCACCCGCCAAGCGGCUUUCGGCUCGGAGGGCGCCCUUGCUUAUGUGUCACUGUCCUGGGGAAAAGGCGCUGAGGGUUGGCUGACAGCCGAAGUAUCACUCAGAGAAAGGAGGCAGCGGGACUUAGGUUUGUGAAAGAGACGGCAGUUGGCAUUUUGACCUGUUCGGUUCUGUCUGCCAGAUAGACGGACGGUUCUUCAAUAUUACACGUUUUGCUAAUUAGAAAUAUCUCGGGAAGUCUCACGGUCACAGAUUUUCAAGUAGCAUCAGGCAUUUUGGAAAAGUGCGUCUGGGUAUUAACUCCUGUUUAAACUGAAUGUAUGAUAUUUUGUUAGAAUGGAAAAGUGCUAUCUUGUUAAUUUAAGUGUUUUAAAUAUAGUUGUAUAUUUUUCUUAUUCUUA